AUGGAGUGUGGAAAGAACUUUACUUCUAGUACUGCUCUUACUUCGCAUUACUGGAUCCAUACAGGAGAGAACAAUGAUCUUGUUUCCCAUAAAAGGAUUCACACAGGAGAGAAGCCCUAUAAAUGCAUGGAGUGCGGAAAGUGCUUCACUAAGAGCGGUGACCUUAGUUUUCAUAAAAAGAUCCACACAGGGGAAAAUAGGAUACAUACCGGGGAGAAGCCUUUUAAAUGCAUGGAAUGUGGAAAGAGUUUUUCUAUGAACAGGACCCACACAAGGGAGAAGCCUUAUAAAUGCAUGGAAUGUGGAAAGAGUUUUUCUACAAACAGUUCUCUUUACACGCAUAAAAGGAUUCACACAGGAGAGAAGCCCUAUAAAUGCAUAGAGUGUGGAAAGUGCUUCACUUUUAGUACUUCUCUCACUUCCCAUUACUGGAUCCAUACAGGGGAGAAGCCAUAUAAGUGCACAAAGUGUGGAAAGAGCUUCUGUGAAAAUUCAUCUCUUACUUGUGGAAAGAGCUUUACUAAGAACUGCCAACUUAUUUACCAUAGUAGGAUACAUACCGGGGAGAAACCCUAUAAAUGCAUGGAAUGCGGAAAGAACUUUAUUCAGAGCAGCACCUGGAUCGGGCCCUUUACGGGAGGCGCAGAGGCUGCUGGGAAGGCUUGCCGGGACGCCGAUCCCAAUGAGACUCCCGAGUUCUGUGAGUGGCGUCUCUUCCCGUGCAAAGGGGUCCCGCGCUGGAGGCGAGCGUGGAGACGGGCCAAGUCUUCCCCCGGGAUGGAAAACUGGUUGCGAGAGUGUGGAGCAGAGACCAGCUCCCAAGCGGUGGCCCUGGCGGAAGGCUUCCUCAUGAGUCAGGCAGAGGAGCAGAAGGAGCAAGUCGAAUUGCAGGAGGGUCUUGUGUCCUUUAAGGAGGUGGCUGUGUAUUUCUCCGAUGAGGAGUGGUCUCAGCUGGAUGCUGACCAAAAAGCACUGUAUCGGGAAGUCAUGCUGGAAAAUCAUACGAAUGUGGUCUCUUUGGAUGUAAAUAAAUACUAUCAAGCCCAAACCAAAGGANCAGGAGAGAAGCCCUAUAAAUGCAUGGAGUGUGGAAAGAACUUUACUUCUAGUACUGCUCUUACUUCUACUUAUCUUACUUCCCAUUACUGGAUCCAUACAGGGGUGAAGCCAUAUAAGUGCACAAAGUGUGGAAAGAGCUUCUGUGAUAAUUCGUCUCUUGUUGUUCAUAAAAGGAUCCAUACAGGAGAGAAGCCCUAUAAAUGCAUUGAAUGUGGAAAGAACUUUACUAAGAAGUGCCUACUUAUUUACCAUAGUACGAUACAUACCGGGGAGAAGCCUUUUAAAUGCAUGGAAUGUGGAAAGAGUUUUUCUACAAACAGUUCUCUUCACACGCAUAAAAGGAUUCACACAGGAGAGAAUUCUCUUUACACGCAUAAAAGGACCCACACAAGGGAGAAGCCUUAUAAAUGCAUGGAGUGUGGAAAGAGUUUUUCUACAAACAGUUAUCUUUACACGCAUAAAAGGAUUCACACAGGAGAGAAUACUUCUCUCACUUCCCAUUACUGGAUCCAUACAGGGGAGAAGCCAUAUAAGUGCACAAAGUGUGGAAAAAGCUUCAGUGAAAAUUCGUCUCUUACU